UUACAGAAUGGAAAAUGUUGGCACUUAUCGCGGUUUGAAGCAAAUUCACUUGGUUUGGAGAAUAUUGUGUUUAGGUCCUUGGACCAAGUUCAUUAAGUGUUAUUAUGUUUAUAUGAGUUUCACCCUGGGUCUGAAUAUAUUCUUAAUAUUAGCGAUAACAUUGGAUGUUGUAUUCUGUGGAGAAGUCAAGUGCAUUCUUAAUAAUAUGUCGUAUUACCUCGCUGUCUUAUGCAAAGUCAUUCAAUAUUUGGUGACGCUUUUGGUUCGCAAGAAGUUGUUUCAAGUGGACAACUUAUUUCAUAUUCUAGACGAAAAUGUGGUUUUACCGGAAGAUCAAAUAGUCGCAAAGCAAGCAAUUGAAAAAGGCCAGCGAAUAUUCAAAUAUUUCUUCACUGCCUGCUUAUUUUCCAUAUAUUGCAAAAUAGUGGGUUUUCUUUUCACUUCAGGCCGAGUACCGAUAUUACCGUUAUGGUCUCCAUUUGAACAGUACAUUGUUAUGAAAUUCCUGUAUGAUUGUAUUAUUGCACAUAUGAUAGUACUUGAAACUGUUUCCAACGACAUGUACCCGCCCAUAUGUUUUCUAUUGUUGAACGCACAUUUAAAAAUUCUGUCUCAACAAUUAUUGCGCUUCGGUUAUGAGGAAAGAGAACAUCCUACUCAAUCAAAUAUCCCUACCCUUGUUGAACAUCACAUCACCAUUUUAAAGAUUUAUAAAAUUUUAGAUGAAACAAUCCCGAAAAUGUUUUUUGUGGAACUUCUGAUUGCUAGUAUUCUACUCUGCACUUCAAUUACAUCUAUCGUCACUAAUAGUCUGGAACCCUCGGACUUAAUUUUCACUGUUGGAUUAACUUUCAUACUUCUGUUUCAAAUUUUACCAAUUUGCAUUCUUGCUCAUCAGUUCCAAUCGUUGAGUGACGAACUUGCAGAUGCAGCAUAUGCCAGUAAUUGGCCUGAUCAGGAUCGUGCCUUCAGACGUGCGAUUCUCUAAAUUAUGCAGAGGGCACAAAACUGUAAACCGAUCGUAGUAUGUGGAAUAGUGCCGAUAAACUUGCCGACUUUUCUCAGUAUUGUACGAUACGCCUACUCUUUCUCGGCAAUUUACAGUAUGAUGAAUUAACGAAAACGUGAAGAAGCCAUCAUGGAUAUUAAUUUGGGAUAGGAUAGCACAUGAAUUGAAAGUUAUUUUCAGAUAUUUUGUGACGAUUACUUAACUAUGUUCUGUAUUCACAUUAGUAGAUUGUUAGAAUUACAUUCACAUUUGCAAA